AGGAAGUGCAGGAGAUGCUGAGAAAACUAGUAAGCUGCAAUAACAGAGAAAAUAAGAGCUUAAAAAGGACAGCUGCAGAGAAGGCACAUUAUAAAGACAGGAGUACAAUUACAAGAACAGGGAGAAAAAAAAAAAGAACAUUUGAAAAUUCAGUAGAGACAAUACUGGACAAUAACUGGAAUAAAUAUUAAUGAAAUGGGAUCUUUGCGAAAGUACAUUUUUUUCAUCUGGAUAUUACCUUUUGGGUUCCUAUGGUCUCCAGUUUUCCUAGAUCAUUUAAAUGACCACAGACAUUUGGAUGAGAACCAAGCAGACUUGGAGGGGAGCUCUCUGCGACGCAGACUGUCUUCUGGCACCCGUCCUUAUAGCCUCUCCCUGUCACCACUGGAUUAUCACUAUUCUCCAAAACCUAAGCACCUCAAAGCCCCACGACUUCUGCGCAUUCUGGGGUCCUCCUUUGACCCAUUCUGGAUGUCUGUUGAGAAACCUGCAGACAAUGACACCACCAAGCAUGUGUCUCCAUUUAGCAAGGAUCUUUUUGAUGGAGCCAGUCGCUACCGUAAGAAGCUUACUCAGGAAGCUGAAAACAUUAACUUUGGUUCACUAAAACUUCCAGAAGAACUCUCGGCUAACGGAAGCCACGUCUUGCUGCAUGAACUCCGCCGGUGGCUCGUACAAAGAGCCAGUUGCAAGCUAACCUCCACAUGGGUGGACCUGGGUCCUGUUUUUUGGCCACGUUGGGUACGGCACACAAACUGUGAUGAGAGCAUUAUUGCAUGCUCGUGGCCACCCGGAAUGGCAUGCCGCCAGGCACAGCUCACUCAGAUAAAAUUACUGGCCUGGCAUUGCUGGAUGCAGGAUCCUAGCAAAGGCUGGGCAUCACAGAAUUGCCAGUGGAGGCAGAUACCCUAUCCCGUGGUGGCUGCCUGUAAGUGUACCUGCCGGUAAAGACUUUACUUUCCCAUCUGAGUUCAUCUGUAUCAGCAAUACAUUAAUCUACUGCCAGGCUUUACCAAUAAUGUAGGACUUGUCUUACAGCUUUCUGCAUGGCAACUGUAACAGCUUUAGCUCUGGAUUUCUUAUUGGAUUAAAUGACAUACAUAAAACACUAUAUUAGUAAAUAUUUCAAGGUGUUUUAUACAUAAUGCUUAAAUUUUUUUUUUAAAAACCUGGCACCGAAAGGAUUAACAGGGUGUCUCAGUGUAAGUGUAUGUGUAUUUGGCUGCUGAUUUGUUAUAUAAAGAUUAUUUCUAAGAGUACACAACAUGUCUGAGACGGCAUAUCUGUGAUAAGGGUGAAGGUCACAGGGUAACCCAAACAAAGCGAACCGUAAACUAACCAGUACAUGUGUGUGCAGGAACACAAUUACACCCACCUAUACUUAUCCAAAAAAUGUACAUAAUUGUAUACACACACAUAUACUCGUAGAUUAGUGGUUAAGGUUUAACCGAGCUUUACAUAAUGCCUUAUUUUCAGAAGUUAAUAAGUAUGGAACGGUUUGCAUGAUCAUGUGUGUAUGAAAUAAUCACAGCUGCACCUCCUGCUUUUAGAAACAUUCUUGAUUAAGCGAUUCCUGAUAAGAUAACCCUUACCUGUGUGAUAAAAGGUAUCUCAUACAUGUGUAUAUGUACUGUGUCCCCUAAGACUACAAGAUAUCCCAUACAUGAGCAUAUGUAUUAGGUUGCAGAAGAACAGAAUAUCUCAUACCUGUGUAUAUGUAUUAUGUAUCGGAAUCACAUACCUCUGUGUAUGUAUUAUGUGUCUGAAGCCUACUCUUUAGCUACACCAAUGUUUAAAAGUUCUACAUUUAACCAUUUAUCAGAUAAAGCGGAUCUGUAGAUCCAAGCUUUGAUUUCAUAUACUAGAACAGUGCUACUGAAAUCCGCUUGCAAGUAGUGACAACAUCUCAUAGGUCAGGUUUAUUUACACUACAUUAUGGACAUUGCAGCUUGAGGUUGUCGAACAAAUUGUAUUCAAUAGCACUGUGCACAAUAAGAAUUGUAGAUUUUAGCCAGUUUAUUAUAAGUGUGCUCCUCCAUAAAUGACGCAGCUGCAAUUAUACACAGGUUUGGGUGAAUGUAAUACUAAAAUAAUUUUUUUUCUAUGUACGUUGAACUUUAUACUAUACCUCAGUUUAUUCAGUUUUGGAUGGAAUUAGCUUUUUAUAGUGUUCUUCGUUGGAGACAGCACAAGCCACAUACUUUGUCAUACUAAGGGGCUGAUGUUAAGCUUGUACCUGUUUGCACCCAAACUCACAGAUGUAAAUGUGUUCACUAAAAAUGGAACUGCAUGUAUAUGUCUGCACCAAGCUACGUCAGAGGCGCAGCAAAUAAACUUUUGCCCAAUCUU